UAGCUAGUAUUCGUGGCCCGUACGUGGAAGGCUAAAGAUGCGUCGCUCUCAAUGGAACCCCUGUGGUGGUGGUGUGGUGGUGCUGCUGCUGCUGCUCCUGGCGGGCGGCUGGAGCCUGGCCUGGGCCUAUCUGCCCGAUGUGAACAUCUUCACCAACUACCGCACCGAGGUGUACAAUGGCAUACCCUCGGAGAUUGAUACGACGCCGUUUGUGAGAAUUGCGGACAACUAUUACUACAUCGAGACGAUGAACAAGGUGAAUUGGUUUCAGGCGGCCGGUGCCUGUCGCCUGAUGAACGCCCAUUUGGCUUCCAUUGAGGACAAGGCGGAAAUGGAAGCGCUGAUUAAGUAUAUGAAGGCCAAGGGGUUUAAGAACAACGAUUACUUUUGGAUAUCGGGCAAUGAUCUGGGCACUGAGGGUGCCUUCUAUUGGCUGUCCAAUGGCCGACCCAUGACCUAUGCCCCCUGGAAUGGGCCCAAACAAAUGCCGGACAACUAUGGGGGCAACGAGAACUGUGUCCAUAUGUUCGCCACUCGCGAAAUGAUCAACGAUGCCAACUGCAAGAUCCAGAUGCUGUAUGUCUGCGAAGCCAGAGAGCCGAAAACCUUUAAAUUUACAUACAUCAAAUGGUAGAAAUGAUGCCAUUCCGCACACCACACUAGACACCCAACACAAAGCAUAGUUUUAGCCGGCAUUUUUAUUAUCCGCUUUUUUUUGUAUCAUUUUUAUCGUAAUCGUAAUCGUAUCGAUGGUCGAUCUCUCAUUAUCAUUUUUGUUUUCCUUGUGUUUUUCUGAUCGUUCCGCUUCCAUUUAAUGUGUUUUUGUUGCUUUCUGUAUCGCUAAUUAUACAAUCAGUUAAUUUUUACUGCA